AUGAAGUACCCUGCCUCCUCCGUCCUUCUCGCCAUCGGCCUCACGGCCCUCACCCAUGCCGCCCCCGGAAAAAUAAUGCGGAAGGGCACGUGCCAUUCCUCCAACUACUUGGUCGGGGAUCCACCAGAGAUCUGGGGGUCUUCAUGCGGUCUGAACGCGAUCGACAAGGACCGGACGCUGAAGUCAAAUUUUUUAGACCUCGUCGUUCGAGUUAUCAAGGGCCGCGAGUACAUUCCCUGCGACCCUCACCAUCAUUGCCAGAAGUCGGGCGAUCCCUGCGAGGUUGUCUACGAAGAAGAUACUGGGCUCCUGGUUAACUGCGAUUUGUGA